CUCACUUGUUGCUCAGCAUGGGGGGGGGGGGAGAGACCGGCAGUGACUCUUGUUAUUCCCACAUGAGGCUGAUCUGGGACUUUAUCUCAUGAGAAGAGAAAAUGGCCGACUUUCGUGGCAGAGUUGUUACUAACGAUGAGCUUCAGCAGUUCCGGCAGCAGUUGGCUCGGUAUGAAGACCACCAGUUGGGUAUAUUCUAUAAGUAUUUCCGGGAUGAUCUGCAUUAUAUUAUUUCAUCUCUAGACACCCAGAGUGUCCUGAGGGAGCUGAACUUCCGGCAUUGUGUCUCUGUGGAGCACUAUCAAGCUAUAAAGAAGCAAUGUGGCGCCUCUGUGUUUGCUGAGAUGCUGGUAGAAGAUAUUCAAGCAUCUGGGAGAGACGCCGUGCUGGGAUUAUGGGAAAGUCUCUUUGCUCUACAGAAUGAUCACCCUCACCCCAACCUGCUGGGGGUGCUGGAUGAACUCAGCCAAACAGGUCAUUGUCUGGAGCGGAAUGUCAUGUUGGACAAAUGUGGCCCUGAUCUGCAUCCGGAUCUCAAAGCCUGCCGGUUACAGCACAGAGAGGAUCUUCUGCAGAAAACUCAGUACCUGGUGGAACACAGAGCCCCAGGAUUAACCACCGAGAGUCAGAGUUUCAGUAUCACUGAGCGCUAUUUAGACCUCAUAGUUGUCUCCAGCCAGCACUUCCGGUCUCGUCCUCAGCACGAGCUGAUUGUAACAGGGGGAAUCCAUGAACAUUACUUACAGAGAGCUCAGAGUAACCUGGAGAGGAUUAGCCCUAACCGGCUGUUCCGCUGGUGCCACAGAAAGAGAUGUGUGCCACAGGCAGUGCUGGUGAGCGGAGUGCCAGGGGUGGGGAAAACCACAUUAAUGCAGAAGUUUGUCUAUGACUGGGCCAAUGGGAACCUCUACCAGAGAUUUGCCUUUGUCUUCUCCUUCAAAUUCCGGGAUCUCAGUAAUAAGGAGGAGCUGAGCCUGGCACAGAUGAUUGUUGAUGAAUAUCCCUAUCUACACAGUCAGCUUGAGAGAAUAUUACAAAAUCCUAAGCAUCUACUCUUUAUUUUUGAUGGCCUGGAUGAAAGCAAAGACCAAAUUGAUUUAAAGCAAAAUCAACUGUGCACCAACCCCCGUUCCAUGCAAACAGUUAGUGCGAUUGUGUCCAGUUUGGUGAGACAGUCUCUCCUUCCCGGCUGUUCUGUCCUAAUAACCAGUCGCCCAACCAGACUAGCAACAGUGGAAACUUCUGUUUUUAACAGAAUAUCUGAAAUUAUGGGCUUUUUCCCCAAAGAAAGAGAAAAGUAUUUUCUGCAUUUUUUUAGAGAUUAUACAAUGGGGGAGAAGGCUUUCCAUUAUGUGAGGGAGAACGGGAUGCUGUACACAUUCUGCUACAUCCCAUCCUACUGCUGGAUCAUCUGUACCGUCUUAUCCAUGUGCUUCAGGGCCCAAAGGGCAAACUCAGCGCAGACUGUGGAAUUCCUUCCCAAAACGGUCACACAGCUUUAUGCCAGUUUUAUUAGUAACAUCCUUGCCAAUCACUGCCAGGCAGGGACUAUUGAUAAGAAUUUCCUGAUAUCCAUUGGCCGGAUGGCAGAGUAUGGGGUAAAUAGUCGCAUUCUUUCAUUUACUAAAGAAGAUUUAGACGGAUUUAGUGUGGAUGCUUCCUCACAUUUAGCUACAAGCUUUGUGAUGGAGAGUGGGCAGCCUCCCCACGUGUCCUAUUCCUUCUUGCAUCUAACCAUACAGGAGUUCAUGGCUGCCUUGGGUUACUACCUUGACUAUUCCCCUGAGGGGCUGCAGAAGGCUCUUGAGGAGGCAAAAUCAACAGAAGACGGCCGUGGGGAAAUAUUCCUUCGUUUCAUAUCAGGACUCUCUGACAGUUCCACCAGAUCGCUGUUGAAGCCGUAUGUAGGGGAUUUAUCCGCUCCAGCCGCCAAACAUGUUAUCAGCUUUCUUCAGAAGUCCAUUCCCAAUCUCAACAGUCAGAAUCCUGACAACAGGAAAGUUCUCAAUGUAUUUGCCUGCCUCACUGAGUCUCGGAACAAAGUGCUUGUGUCCUCAUCCAUUGGAUUAAACAGACAACUUGAUUUUCGUGAUUUCUACCUGGCGCCUCUGGACUGCACAGUGUUGGCUUUUAUCCUGGAAUCCUGUAGGGAAACAGAACUUCUAGACCUUGGUGCCUGUUUUAUUCAGACUGAAGGACUGGAGAGAAUAUCAGCUGCUCUACACACUGUUACUGAUGUCAGACUCGCAAACAACAAUCUGAGGGAUGAGGACGUGCAGUGCAUUUAUUCCAUAUUAACUCACCCGCAGUGCCGGAUCCAAAGGCUCAGCCUGAGGAACAACGGUCUGACGGAGUUAAGCUGCCUCCCAUUGGCUUUGGCAGUCAGUGAAAACACAUCCUUGAGGGACCUGGAUCUGUCCAAGAACAAACUGGCCGGGGAGGAUUUCUAUAAGUUGCUGGAGGUUCUUUCUGCCCCAAUGUGCAGGAUAGAGCGUUUGGCGCUCCAGGAGGCCAAGCUGACCCCACAAUAUGCUGCAUCACUGCUUUGUCUGACUAACAACCCCAACCUCACGCACCUCAACAUCAGCAGCAAUUUCUUUGGUGACGCUGGUUACCCCCAUAUAAAGGAAUUUAUACUGAUACACCCCAGCCUGAAGGAGAUCAGGGUUGGGCUGAACGAUUUUUCAGAAGCGACAGAAGGGAACCUGCAGCAGCUGCAGACACGCAGGCCGGAUGUGGCCAUUAUAUUAUGAUGGGCAGGAACAAAAUGGAAACAUAAGUGGGAAGUGCAGCGCUUAUCAUGGUGCACAAAGGCCACAGGGAUCCAGCAGGAAGAACAUUUAUAUGACAAUGGAUCAAUGGCCUACUGUGCAUAGGUAUGCGUUGGGAAUGGCGGGGCUGGCCAUAAACCUGUUCUUCGGGCCAUCAGCCUACUUCAGAAGCAAGGUAUGGGCAAGUUCUGGUUCUGGUUCACCCUUACUGCCCCCCCACCCAUCCUUGCCAGUGCAAACAUAAAGUAUGAAAGCAAGCAGGCCUGGACUGGCAAUCUGUAGAUAGUGGCAAAUGCCAGAAGGCUUGCUUUAAGUCAAUAGUGCAAUAGUCUAGAUAUGCUGGAGCUCCCCUGUGAUCAUGCUUGGACACCAUCCCUACAGCCAGAUAUUGGGUAUCCUUUAUAAUCACUGGGAGUCAGUGGCGUUUACAUGGAUGGGUGUGAUCUGAAGUCUCCACCUAUCACCCUUACCAAGUUUCAAACCCAGAACAUCUGAAGGAACCAGCCUGCAUGUACAACAGGCAACAGGAAAAGUUGACUUGCAGCAGCCAAAUUGUGGCAUUGGUUUGGGCAGGUGGAUGGCCAGGCCCUACUCAAGUGGAGUCUAUGGGUUGACCUUUACUCAGCAUUCCAAGAUGGAACUCCAAUGCCGUCUCCUGCUUGUAGCACUCCAGGACCUACACACUCUGCUCGCUCAGCUGGAGGGGUUCUACUCCCAUUGGUUCCUCCGUGGGGUAACAACUACCCAACCCGGCUCACUCUGCUACGGCUCACUAUUACAUAGCUAUCUCUAUAUUAACUGGGCCUGUCUCUCACCUAGACUGCUGGAUGUUGUCUUCUAUUUCAAAAAGUCCUUCCUAUAAUGUACAUCCAACUCAGUGAACUGCCUCUUUUUAUAUUUUCCCUGAUCCAGACCUUCUAGAAGUUCCCAGAGGUGUUUACAUUCACUAGCUCCCCCUAGUGUUUAAACUACACUCUCUAAAGUUCAGUUAAGCUUUAUAGUCAUAUGUACAGAGUACAAUGUACAUAGUGCAAUGAAAUCCUUACUUGAAUGCUGUGAAAGAAAGCUCCUAGUGGUCAAAAAGGGAACUACCUCAAAAUAAAUGUUUAAUUUCCCUUCACCCUCUUUCAGAUCUAGUCUUCUCCAAUUGCCAAUAAGGUGGGGGUGUUCAACUGACCAAAUGUCGCAUCUACGACUACCACUCCCAGGUCUUUAUACAGUGACAGCAAUAGCCAUAAAGCUGUGCUUUGCAAUCUCUCCGGCCUAGGUUGCUUAGUUUGGACCUAUCGGUAGCUACAGGCAACUCUGGUUAUGUUCCAUAUGAUACGCUACAACUCCUGAUUUUUAGUAUUCAUGAGAACUGCAAACAUAAGCUUUGUAAGAUGUAACUAUGUACCUAUGUAUUAAUAAAGGCAGAGAAUUAAUAUAUAAAGGGA